AUGGUGCCACUUAAAAACCAGUUGCAACGAUCAAAUUCUGAUGAAGAUAAUAGCGAUAAGGCAGAUCCCACAUCAAAUUCGAGCACAGAGCAAUCAUUGAUUCCAUGGGUCUGGAAAAGUUGUAAAAGAUACAUACCAAAAUUCCCCAGUUGGCCAACGCAAAACGCUGAACAAAACACACGAAUAACAGAAAUUGAAAACGAAUUACAACUUUUACGUCAAGAAAGCCGUGAAGUCAGAGACAGUUUACAUAAAAUAAAUAAUGAAAUUAUCCAACAAACAGCAGCGUUGGACGAACUUAAAGAAUGGAAAGUCAAGAGUGCAGACACAGAAAGUCUUAAACAAGUUCUUAUCCUUCUUAAAACAAUUCAAAAGAACGUCGGUCGUUUGGUGAUGUUUUGGGAAAGCAUGACCGAUGAAGUUUUAAACUUAAAGGAGGUCUUAAACUUUGGUCAAAAGAUACAGGUUCAACAAACGCGUGAUCGCUUCAAAGGCUAUGAAACAGAUUGUCGAGACCUUACUACGAAGUUUAAAGCAUAUGUCCGUGACUGCGAGAUGGGAAUCGGCAACCUUUACAACUUCCUCUAUAUGUCUGAUGACAAUGAGGAAACAUCCGAAUUUGACAUGGGAAACAGACACGGGGCGCUUCCAGCGAUAUAAUUUUCCAACAGAUGACUUUAUGUUGCCUAAUGGUGCACUCCUAACGUAUAGUUAUACUUUGGGCGCGCUCUACGAGUUAUAAAGACAUUUUUGUCAUUGCUUCUUUGUUAUAACUUCUUUAGAGAAACACAGUGCUUUAUACUAACUUAUUUAGCUAUUUUCUAAGUACUUUAACGUCAGUGAAUUUUUGUUUCGGUAUUCCAGGUUGAGUUUUGGAAAUCUUUUGCUAAAUUAGAUCAUAUUCACUACACCUUUGAUCUCAUUAGCUAAAUUAACUUAUCAUUACCAACAGAAAACAAUGUAAAAUGAUAAAAUUAUCGCAAAUACUUACCAAAGCUCUCAUCUUUAAAACAAAGUUAACGAAAAGGAAUGGUUAAGCUACCUACUCACCCAAUUUUUGCAAUUUUAGCGGGAAAAUGACCUCUUUGGCUUGUAGUAACGUGUUUAAUGCAUAGCAUUCUUGUUCAUCAAAUUGUUUUUAAGCGUGUGUGUUUUUUUUUCGUGUUUAGCACUUUUUUUGCAAUUGGUUCAUGCCGCAAAUACAGGACGGUUUCUCUCCAGCUGGCGCAGCUGAAAUUAAUCGUUUUUGUGAGAUGUGUGUUUCGUCGAAACGUACUCUUGUUAAUUAGUGUAAAUAACGUGCAAAGACAACGGUUUGAAUACGAAUGAUGCAAAUACUAUAUUGUGUAUCAUUAAGAGUCCUAAAUACAUUGAAUUUGUAUAAAUUUAUAUGUGGUUGUAGAUGAUCUCAUUAUUUGGGUUUUAGAUAUAACUAAAUAACCUAUGGGUGAUGUUGUUUAAACAAUCCAUUGAUAGAGAAUUCUCGGGAAUAAAAAGCAAAUCAUCUGUUUCUUGCAAAUUUAUUUCUUUUGAUAACAGUUUCAUGGCCAUUUGACGUUUUUUUAAGGUAUUACAUUUCAAUGCUGUUCUUGUAUGUAGAUACAAUUGAAUGUCUUCAAGAUUGUUGCCAAUAAUGUUUUUAAAUUAAUAUUACUUUUUAA